AAGAGGGGAGCACCAUACGUCCUGGAUUAGGGUGAUAUUUCGACCCUCCUUUACCUUGGAGGUAUUUUAGGGUUUCUAAGGAGCGAUAGGAACAGAAGAGGAGGAAAGCGGCAGCCAUGGUUCUCAAGACUGAGCUCUGCCGUUUCAGCGGUGCCAAGAUAUACCCUGGCAGGGGUAUCAGAUUUGUUCGUUCUGAUUCGCAGGUUUUCCUCUUUGCUAAUUCGAAGUGCAAGAGGUAUUUCCACAAUAGACUGAAGCCUUCAAAGCUCACGUGGACAGCCAUGUAUAGGAAGCAACAUAAGAAGGACAUCGCUGCCGAGCAAGUAAAGAAAAGGCGCCGUGCUACCAAGAAGCCUUAUUCAAGGUCGAUUGUUGGUGCCACCUUGGAGGUGAUCCAGAAGAAAAGAACUGAGAAGGCAGAAGUCCGAGAUGCUGCAAGGGAGGCUGCUCUUCGUGAAAUUAAGGAGAGGAUCAAGAAAACCAAGGAUGAGAAGAAGGCGAAGAAAGCAGAGGUGACGAAAUCACAAAAAGGACAGACCAAGGGCAAUUUGCCCAGGGGUACUGGGCCAAAGGGUUCCAAACUUGGAGGUGGUGGAAAGCGCUGAUUUGCCACCUUCUUUUAAGCUGAUACCUGAUAGGUUGUUUUUCCAUUCUGGAGAUUUUGUAUGGAUUGACUUGGAUAUCCAAAACUUUAUUGGAGAUAUUUACCCCGUAUAAAUUUGCAAGUGGAGUAGCGAUUAAUUCUUUGGAAAAA